UCCCAAUGAGUUCCUAUUUUGUAAACUCAACUUUCCCAGUGACUCUGCCCGGAGGACAGGAGUCGUUCUUGGGACAGAUACCGUUAUAUUCCUCCGGAUACACAGACCCUUUACGACACUAUACCGGUGCUGCUUAUGGAGGUUCCAGUGUUCAAGAGAAGGCGUACCCAUCCUCUUUUUACCAGCAAGCGAACGGUGCCUACGGCAGGGCAACCGCCGCCGGUCCCUGCGAUUAUGCGACAGCAAGCUUCUACAGGGAAAAGGACCCAGCCUGCGCCCUCGCCAGCAUAGAGGAACACUCGUUCGUUCUCAGUCAGGAUCAUCGCAAGCAAGACUGCACGGGGUCGACGGGGAAAAGCAUCUACCCUGAGGCCGACGAACAGAAGCCGUCAGCGCCGGUUUAUCCUUGGAUGCAACGGAUGAACUCUUGUAACGGGACCUUCGGUAACGCUGGCCGAAGGGGUCGUCAGACGUACACUCGCUACCAGACGUUAGAAUUGGAGAAAGAGUUCCACUUUAACAGGUAUCUGACCCGAAGACGCCGCAUCGAGAUUGCGCACGCACUGUGCCUGACAGAACGUCAGAUAAAGAUUUGGUUCCAAAACCGGCGAAUGAAAUGGAAAAAAGAGAACAAAGUGAUCAACGGUUCACAAACCAGUGGCGAAGAGGAGGAGGAGAAGAGGACAGAAUGAAAUUUUAAACGAUAAAAUCCCCCCCAAAAAAGAAAACUAUUGCAUAGAGGGCACCGGACACCACUCUGUAAUAAUACAAAUGAAGACUUUCCAUCAUGUUAGAAACUGUAGCAUUCCUGUUAACUCAUAAUUGUAAUUUCUUUUGUGAUUUCUUUCCUUUUGUACAUGACGUUUAAAACAUGUGGUUUAGUGCGCUCUUACGCUGACUUUAGAUUUGCUCGUAUGACUGAAAUGCCCAUGUUGAACGAAGCUAUUUGAAAUUUGUGUCAUAUUCGUGUUUAUAUUUAA